GCGGGGGCCGCUCCGUCCACGGCGGAAGGCCACCUCCUCGCUGGGACGACUCCCCAAUGAACCCCCUCCGCUGUGCCUGCGGCGGCGAGCGGCUGCGCGCUUUUUCUCCUCGUGCGCAGCGAGGCGCCAGGCGCGCGCGCCCUGCGCAGCUCCGCUGUACUGGGCGGGCGGCGGCGCCGCCCCGCCCGGUUUCGGCGCCGCGCGGGGGGGGGGGCGCCGGGGGAGAAGAGAAGGAUGAGGAAGGAUCGGAGCCGAGCCGCGAAGCGCGAAGCGCGAAUAACUUCGCGCCCUCGAGGGCGCCCUUGCUGAGGGGCAACGGCAGCCCGCGGCGACUCGGCCCGCGGCGGCCCAGUCGCGCGCCACGGCUGGUGAGAAGCCCGGCGCAAAGGCAGGCGCGCCGGGAGGCCCGCCCAGCCCGCGCGCGGCGCCUCGAUCGUGGGCGGCGCUACGGCGGCCGGACGGCGAGCGGCCGCCCCGUCGCCCAUGC